CGGGCGGGCGAGGCAAGAUGGCGUACGUGUUUCCCAAAAAGGCCGGUGUGGUGCUCAAGCAGGUGAAGAGCAUCGUGGUUCGCUUCUGCCCCUUCGAGUCCAACGUGGAAAGCACCAGAAACUUCCUUCAGUGUUUACACACGAAGAAAACACAUGCAUCCAACAACAACUGUGACUUGAAAACAGAAGUGAAGCAUGAUGGAUCGGAACCAGUAAUAGAUGUUCAGUUUGCUGAUGGUGACCGACUGAUUAUGAAAGGUGCCAACUUGUCUGUUAGAGAAAUGUUGAAGGCAUUUAACUCUAUGUGCAAAGCAAAGGAACUUAAGGCUGAAGAGAAGACUCAGAAAAAAAGUGCCUGAAAACCAGCAAUAUUUAAAGCCAAAAUUUUAUAUGAACAUGAUAAAAUGAGCCAAUAAUGGAGACUUUACUGAUAACUGCAUGAAAUGUGACAUGGAUGUAGAUCAGUACUGGCUAACAACUGGAAGGGUUCUUUGAACUUUUGGUUAAAGAUAAACUCUAGACAAGGGAAACACUCAGAUUUAGCUGUUGUUAUGAACACUUCGUAUCGGUCCCCAAAUUAAUGCUAGUAAAUAGGCAGCUCUUUGCAUAAAUGCUGUUUUUGUAAGGAGCAGAUCUUAAUAAUUAAGAAGGGUUUAUUGGUCUAGGCUGUGAACCGAUGUGUUUGUCUUGCCCAUAAUAUAAUGGAUUUCAUAUUCUAACUGUGCCGUCUUACACAGAGUUAACACCGUUCUAACUCCGUUGAAGUCAGUGGACUUAGAUGUGUAUAACCCUGUUGAGAAUGGCACUGUAGACCUUUGAAUUGUUUAUGCAUCCGGUAAUCAGAAAUCUUUCUGGCUUCAAUCUUGAAAACCUCUGGCCCUGAUUUAAUGCCGGCUGUUUAGAACAAGUGACUUAAGAAUGACAGCCAUAGUUGUUGGAAGACGACAUAUUGAUACAAAGUACUGUAUUUUGGUAUUCUGCUAAAGUGCUUGGUUUGUAGUCAUUCUUCCCUAUUUGGCUGUCAACUAAGAAAAUGAAAAUUAAAACCACACAAUAAUGAGAA